CGAAUGGAGAAGCCGGUCCCCAGACUGGAGGAUCAUACCUGGGGUUGUUCCUGCGCUGCUGGGAGAAGGAAUAAAGCUCCUUUGGGUGAAACUGCUUCAGGGCUUGCAGCCAAGGUGGGCGAAAUGCUGAGCUCGUCCGUCUCGAACUCUCCUCUCACGUUAAUGGCCCAGGGAGGCCAGAAGCCCCGUGGCUCCCGCCUCAGCAGUAGCUCCAGCAGCUUGAACUUGAGCCGGGACGUCCUGCAGCGGAGCCUGGUGCUGUUCUUUGUGGGCACUUUCCUGGCGCUGGUGCUGAACUUGCUGCAGAUCCAGAGGAACGUGACUCUCUUUCCAGAGGAAGUCAUGACGACCAUCUUUUCCUCCGCCUGGUGGGUGCCCCCUUGCUGUGGGACUGCGGCAGCUGUCGUUGGCUUGCUGUAUCCCUGCAUCGACAGUCAUCUAGGCGAGCCUCACAAAUUCCAGAGAGAAUGGGCCAGUGUGAUGCGAUGUAUAGCUGUUUUUGUUGGCAUUAACCACGCAAGUGCUAAACUGGAUUUUGCGAACAAUAUCCAGCUCUCCUUGACGCUGGCAGCGCUGUCAUUGGGUCUCUGGUGGAUGUUUGAUCGUUCCCGAAGCGGCCUGGGCCUUGGAAUUACAAUAGCUUUUCUAGCAACGCUGAUUACACAGUUUCUUGUCUAUAAUGGUGUUUAUCAGUAUACCUCCCCAGAUUUCCUUUACAUCCGAUCUUGGCUGCCAUGUAUAUUUUUCUCUGGAGGUGUGACUGUAGGGAACAUAGGACGCCAGCUGGCUAUGGGCGUUCCCGAGAAGCCUCAUAGUGACUAAACGUGUGGCUCUGCAGAGCCCAUGCGGAGGCAAAA